UGAAAAUGGGGCACUGGCCAUCGAUGGAGUCCUAAAGCUCGCUGCACUUUUCUUUGUAACUUUUGGAGGUGACCGACUGCUGUCGGUCACAAGCGUGUGAAAGGUGGUGGUGGCAUAAUGUGAGUUAGCGGAGUUGAUUGACUGAGUGUAAUUGUGAGCCUUGCUGAAUGGUCCUGAAAGAUGGUCGAAGGCAAUACUGUAGAAGGGACCUCAGUUUCCUGUUGAUCGUCAUCAGAUCGGAGGAGCGCAUGCUGUACUUACUUUGUUCAGGCCAAGUUCCCUUUGCGCCUCAUCUCAGGUCAGCGGGAAAAAUGCUACACCUCGACGUGUUCUGAGAGCUGUGAUGAGUACGCUCGAUGAGGAAGAUCAUGGUAUCAGCGUUGGCAAUCCUGAGUUCAGCGAGAAUAUGGAUAAUUGUGGAGCGAAUCUUACAGAAGAUUUGGUGGAGAAGAUUGUUUCAAAGAUGGUAUUCCCGCAAUGUUUUAAAUUUCGAGUUGUGUCCGGAUGGUGGAACUCGAAGUUUCCGCUCCCUUUUGACGAUGAUUCCAUGCCCUUGGAUUCUCCAUUCCUGGAUGAGGAGAAAUCAAGCUGGGAUGGUCGUCUUCUCCAAAUCAAGCAGAGGAGGACAAAGGAAGAGAAUCGGAUACUUUGAAUUGCAGCGGUGGUGGAGAAAUCUUGUUUUGAUUCAUCUUCACUCCCUUCUUUACAUGAUCGUUGUCCUCUUAGCAUCAUAUAUGGAAGUAUAUGGGAACUACAGCUUUCAUUACGACUUCACUGUACUGCUACAUCUUUCAAUCUCAGUCACAGACCCGUUCUGAGUACUUGUUCUUGGUUUUGCAAUUUAUAUAUAUGUGGCAAAUCUACUCAACUACUUUUAGCCAUGAUUUGGACUGCUUCUGGUGUUUGAACAUAUGUACUUUAGAUACAAAUUUGAUUUCUCUUUUGGUGAGU